AUGCUCUUCAAGACAACUGCACUUGCCACACUACUUACCGUGGCCCAGGCCCGGUUUAAUCAAGAACAAAUUCCCAUCCCGGCCAUUGCAGCUGUCCAGGGCGGCGCUCCAGGAGUGGCUCAAACCAUUGCUGGUGCUGCUGUAAGCGAUCUCCUGGCAGCAACCAAUGCCUGCGACAAGCUCAAGCGUGGUGACCAAAUCAUCGCCGAGCUCGGUACCGGAGCUGAUGCCAUUGCUGCUGCUAUCGGCAUCGUUGCUGCAGAGAAGAAUUUCAAUCCAUUCGUUCAGUCGAUCCCUACCAUCUGCGAUGACCCGACUCUGCCGGCUACAGAUGUUCUCCGAGGUAUCACGCCUCUGAUUGACCCUGCAGUGGUUGGCUCAGAUAUCGCAAAUGCUUUGUCUGCUAAGACCAAGGUCACUCCACUAGAUGCCACUGGCAAGAGUGUCGCGGACCUGCUCGCUGAGAAUGGAUUCACCAAUUUUACUGGGCAAUCUGCUGCCGGUGCUACAAGUGCCCCUCCAGCUGCAUCCUUGAGUGCUGCUACCGAGGCCUCCAGCACCUCUGGGGCCGCUGCCACUGUGACAGUCAAUGGCUGUGGCACUGUCGACACAUCAGUUGCAACCUCGUCGGCUGCUGAAAUCGCGAUGACCACGACUGCUGAGGUCGCAACCUCUACAACCACUGCCACUGUCGAAACCACGACGGCCGCGGCAGCUACAACAGGCAACGCCACUGAGACUUCGACAGUGAGCGGUGCCGAUUUCGGUCUCUGUGUACCGACCAUGAAGUUCGAAGGUGGACUCGGUGGCCGGCCUGCCACCGAAUUCACUUUCUUGCCUAUCGACCCUCUCUGUGCCCAAGGUCAACAGGAGGCCUUGAAUCCAAAUAUCAUCACCAACCGAAUCUGCGACCAACUCACCAACGUCUGCGAGGCCAAUGACGCAGCGAAGACAUUGUGUCGAAGUGUCCAGGCUCAAAUUGAGGCGCUAGGAACUAGAGACAAGUCGACCGCCGAUACCUGGAACACCAAUCUCGGGUUCCCCGGAACCAUCACGAACCCAGAUGGUGGUCCUGCAGAGCCGCCUGCAAAGAUGAGGGUGGUUCGAUCUUACCGAGACUAUUGAGUCUAUUUGGAGAGAGCAUCGAAAUCUGUACGGGCGUGAUCUUCGUCAAUCUCGCAGUCCCCCCGCUUGUCGUGGGAAUUGCAUCCCCGCAAG